CCAUUCAUCAUACUGGUUCGCAGAAACCAAAAAGAUGGUCUCUCGCACUGAUGCCUCCCAAGCCACCCCCACCAGCUAGCUCCAUUUAUCGCUGUCCCUCCAAUGAAUGCAUCACACACGUCGGUCAGUUCUCAUGUGUUGUCCCGGUCUUUGUUGUCAUGUCUGCGAGUCUCUCGAAGGCCACGACGGCCUCGACGUGCAUAGUGUGGGGAAACAUAUCCACUGCACACGCCCUGGACACAGACGGCCACACACACACACACACACCAAUGAUCAAUCACCGCACUUCAUUCACAGUGCUCGCGUCCCGGCUUACUUGGUUGGCACCCACAGGCUGCCCUCUUCGCCCUUGCCCGCGCUGGUUGAAGGGGAACACAACUCGAUGACAUUGGAGUUGAGCGACUCGGGAUUGCAGGACACGUAUACGAGCCGCCUGACCCUCUGGCACCCCUUGAGGGCGUUGAGCACCGUCGAGUGCAGCCCGGCCCUCGGCGGGUCGACCACCGCACACACGUCCAUUCCCUCGACAGCGUCGCCGCCCAUCUGCUCGAUGACCUGGCCGAUGACGUCCUCGGCCUUGCCAGCCACGAACCGCGCGUUGCUGAUGCCGUUGGCCUGUGCGUUCUGGAUGGCGUUCUGGACGGCCUCCUCGUUGCUCUCGAUGCCCACCACCCGCACAGACGGGUGCUGCUUGGCCGCACACAGGCCGAUGGUCCCGGUGCCGCAGCACACGUCAAGCAGGAUGGUGGGCUUGUCGUCCGACAGACACAGCCAGUCGAUCGCACGCUGAACGAGACAACAGACACAACAGGGGCGUCCGUCGUCAUCUGUGUUGACAGGUCUGUGUACCGACCUGGUAGAGCAGUUCGCAUGAGACGGUGUUGGUCUGGAAGAAGGCCAGAGGCGCCACACGGAAUCGCAGGCCGAGGAGCCCCAUGAGAAUGUGGUCCUUGCCGUAGAGGCGCUCCAUCUGGUCGGUCGGGCUGUCGGUGGCGUCGCUCACGGCCGAGCGGUACUGCAGGAAGAGCGACGUGACGGGAAUGUCGUCGUAGAGGAGGGGGCGUCUCGAGGGGUCCUGGCCGACCAAAGAGGCAACCAGCUGCGACUUGAGCGACGACAGGGCCGCUUCGUCAGCCGGGCGCAGCACCUGCAAUCAAUGAGGACGCCGCACAUGGGCCGACGUGACAUGUGUCUGUCGUGGGAUGGUCCCACUGACCUGCACGACGACGAGCAUCUCCUGUGUCGCCUUGGACAUGCGCACCAUCAGCAGCCGCCACACCCCUGACCGGCCAACAAUCAUAGAGGCGUGAAAUGGACUCCAAGCACUUCAAGCCAGUCGUCGUCUGCCGCUCUCACCAGUCCCUUGAGUGCGCUCGCAGAUGGGGAAUGGGUUGUCGAGCAGCUUCUGCACCCACGCAACGCACGAACAGGCAGCAAUACGGCCUGAUUGAGUGAAGUCCUGCUUCCACCCCUGUAUAUGUGUGUGUGUGUGUGUGUGUGGUUGCCCUGAAUGCAUGGCACAGCUCAUUCAUGGCAGUGGGGACGUGGAUCGUGUCACCUGCCGACUCCACAAUCGGUUGCUGCAGCCGGCCAGCCAGCCAGCCACCCACCCACCCACCCAACAGACAGGAGCGUCAUACAGUAAGGUCUGUCUGUGCGCUGGGAGGUGUCCGUCCCUUACGUUGCCUCUGGAGGUGAGAACAAAGCCCACUUCGCUGUCGCCCUCGGGUGUCCGGCUGAUGGUGAACUCACACUUGUUGCGGUACCCUGCACACACACACACACACACACACGCGCAGAGAGAGAGAAUAUGCAGACGACGACGCAUCAUGCCUCCAUCUAUUCCCUCGCACCUCGGCGGCCCUCAGGCGGGCACCCAAUCGGUUCGGCAAGCUGACCACAGACACGAAACAGGGACAUUAACACAUGUGUGUAUCUCUCUUGUAUUCCUCCUCUCUGACUCACAGGGCAUCCGAUCCACGCGGGGGCGUUGUCGGGCACGCACCACUGGGGAGCCGCCACGCCCACAUUCUCACAGUGGCGAAACGUGCCGCGGGUGAACUGACGCACACACGUCUGCACACACACACGCACAGACAGACAGACAGACAGACAGACAGGCACCGCACACACGACAGCUGUGGAUAGCCUGCUGGUCUGUCUGCGGUGUGCUGUGCUUGCUGCUCACGGACGGACCUUGACGUACUGGGCUUUCAUAGUGACCUGGUCGGGGUAGGACCACUUGAACAGCGGGCUCACCUUCUCGUUCAGCGUCGCGCCGUUCCUCUCAUUGCGGGCCCUGAGAGAACAACGCCACGCAAUCGGCAAUUGGCACACACCAACCAUCCCACAACGACACUUCGCCUGCCUCCUGCCAUCUCUCUCAUGUGUCUGCCCUGCCCACUUCUUGAGCAGGUCGAUGAGGAGGGGGAGAGUGAUCUGUACGCAGCACAGAAAGGAAAGAGCCGCUUCGCAUGAUCUGUGCUGGCGCGGAGGUGGUGCUUCUAUCUGUUUCUUGCCUGAAAGCGCGAUCGAAGGUUCUUGGCCGGUCGCUCGACGUCCUCAGCGUCCUCAGCAGCCGACGGCCGCUCGCCCUCGUCAUCAUCUACACAAACGAUCGGCACACCGGCACAUCAUUUGUUCAUGCCCCCCACCACACACAUCAUCCAUCGAUCGGCUGACCCCUUCUUCUCUUAUCGCCCCUCUCCUGCUCUUGUCGUCUGAUGCGGCUGGCGGUGACCCCCUGGCUGCGAGAUGUGGCCGCGGCGACGUGCACAGUGCUGCUCUUGCACGUCUGGCCGUCGACGUCCCGCUUGAACUGAUCCAGGUCGGCCUGAGUGUGGAACUCACUGAACACAAGAGAUUCAAGGGAUGAUGGUAAAUAAAGCAUGUUUGUCUGUUUGUUGCUGGUGUUGGUGCCUACACGAAAGCAUAGCCCUUGCUGGGCCUCUUGCUCAUCUGAGCCCACUCCACACUCGUCAGCUUCUGAUGGCAAAACGACACACAUACACACGAACGAACACACACAUGCAAACGGAUUGAGUCAUGAGUGGAUUUCCAAAAGUGCGCGUGUGUACCCUGAGCCAUGCUUCCAGCCUCCUCUGGUUGAGGGACCGAAGAUCAGUGCCGGCUGACAGGUGGAUGCGGAGAGCCUGACCUUCUGCCUCCGAGGGCUGAUCAGCGUCGUCGAUGGCGUCCGCAUCGCACUCAUCGGCCGUCUCCCCUAUCUCCUCACUCUCCAUUUCUACAUCCCCUUCGUCAGCCAUUCCUCCC